AGUCCUCCGUUGGUACUGUCUCGUUGGAGGUUUGUUAGCCAUUUUUGUCCGUUCCUGCUACUGAGUGAGCCCCGCUCACAUCCCGUAAAAUCAUCUCACCCACAAUGGGCCUCCCUGACUCCAGUGACUCAGUGACUAACCCUACCACCACAGAUCACCCCGAUCCUGCCGACCCAAACGGCACACUGGCUGCUCUGAUUCCCGCCGGUCGAGAGGACAUCACCGUCGAAUGGCUGGAGUUUGUGCUGAGCCGGCGCUCGGGCCCGUCCACCCCCGGUAAGUUGCAAUUUUCGGUGACUGCCGGUGCCGAGCCGGGGACAAACUACGCCACCGCUGUGUACGCCGUGCACGUCACCCGACACGCCGAUCCCGCUGACGGAGAGCGGAAAGAGGACGAGAGGAGGCUAAUCGUCAAACUCCCGCACGACGACCCGUUCGGCCGGUUCUUUUGCUUCGCCACGCGCUGUUACGAGCGUGAAAUUCUGUUUUACGAUCGGCUGGCGCCGGCGCUUGAGUCUGCACUGGGUCGGGAACUGGCAGUGCCGCGCUACUACCACGGAGCUACGGACGGCCGAGGAGGUGUCGUUAUGGCCAUGGAUGACCUGCGCGCGCUAGGAUACCGCAUGCCGGCGGCGGCCAGUCGGCUGGACGAGCACCAUGUGCUACUGGUGGUGUCCGCUCUGGCUGAAGUAGUGUCCGCCGGGCUGGUGGUUCAGCAGCGUGGUGGUCCACCGGCCGAACUACUGCGUCAUCCACUGCUCAACAUCGGCUCCAUGUGGGCCGGGCCGCGGAUGGAAGUCGACCUCAUCCGUGCCGGCCUGCUGGGCUACAUCGGCUUCCUGCGCCACUACCCGGAGCGGCGCGCCGCAGCCGCCAAGCUGGAGACGCUGCUGGACUCGGCGCGGGAGCUGAUGGUGGAAGGGAUGCACGCGGGCGGGCGGCUCCGCUCCAUCUGUCACGGAGACCUCUGGAAGCUUAACAUGAUGUUCCGCUACCCGUCUGAGAAGGACGGCGCGCCUGACGCCGUCAUGCUGCUCGACUGGCAGCACUGCCACUUCGGUAACUUCCUGGUGGAUCUGUUCUCCGUUCUGGUGAACAACACGGACCGGCAGUUCCGGCGGCGGCACACAGAGGGCGUGCUGCGUCACUUCCACGGCCGGCUGGUGGCGGCGCUGGAGGCAGCCGGCCUCAACGCCGACCAGCUGGGCCUCGGCAGCUGGGAGCGGCUGCGGGACGACUACCGGAGCUCCAUGAAGGCCGCCCUCAUCAGGGUUAUCUUCGACGUGGUGCUGCCGCUCGCUGACGCCGACGCCACGAGUGGAGCACCGGAGGGCGCCACACCCCAGGAGCUGGUAGACCGACUGGUGGCGGCCAUGUCGGUGCGCACCUCAGACACACAGCUGGAGACGCUGCUGCUCGAGCUGCUAGACGAGAUGGAGGAGGCGGGCGUCCUCUGACCGGAGGGAUGAUGGGAUGGCGUCACGGUGAAAAUAUGACGUCACGUGAUAUGAAAUCAAUAGACGAUAGAGCCACGAGGUGUGCUGAUAAGAAGGGGGAAUGCCGGUGAUACCUGACCAGUAACAACCAGAUGAAAAUAACCACUUGUCGA